AUGUUUUAUCAUCAGCAUCCACCAGAACUAAAAUCUUAUUUCAUUAUGGGUACUAAAGCUUUAGCAGAUGAGAUCGCAAAUUGGCCAGAAGCGAAAAAAUAUUCGGAAAAAAUUGCUAAACUCUCAGAUCACAUAUACCAAAUAGCAGAAGAUGCUAUCAAGGUCUCUGAAGAUGAAUUGAACGUUAUUAAUCACGGUGACUGUCACCUGAACAAUAUGUUGUUCAAAUACGAUGAUAAUGGCAAACCUAUUGAUCAUAUUUUUGUAGACUUUCAAAUGUGCGUCUACACAACACCGGCACUCGAUCUUCUUUAUUUUCUCAAUACAAGUCCUUCCUUGGAUGUCAUAGAAAACAAGAGAAAUACUUUAUUAAACGAAUAUCUCGACACCUUGUCGGCUACUAUGAAGCAACUGAAUUACAAGACGGAGCUACCCACCAUGGAAGAAUUGAAAGCUAUCCUAAAGCGAAGGGCUAGCUAUGGAAUGGUAAUAUCUUUCACGAUUUUACCACUCAUGCUAUGUAGUAAGAGUGAGUCAAAAGAUUUGGAUGAGAUUAUGGGCACGGGUACUUUUAUAAGUCCAGGUCUACAGAGUGAGAGUUAUAAAAAAUUAAUGAUAAAGAGACUUCCAUUGUAUGACGAGUGGGGUUUACUAGGCUAA